AGGAAUAAGCACCACCCAGUGGGUGUGUGUAUGCUACUCUGAUCCUAUAGUUAAAAUUCAGAGAAUUGGAAGUGACGUCAUCUGUAACAAGAAAAAAGCUUCUCUUGUGAAGAUGAUGUCUGCAAAAGACACAGUUAAAGUAAUGGUUGUCAUGCUUGCAAUUUGUUUUCUUGCAAGAUCAGAUGGGAAGCCUAUUAAGAAGAGAUCUGUGAGUGAAAUACAGCUUAUGCAUAACCUGGGCAAACACCUGAGCUCUCUGGAGAGAGUGGAAUGGCUGCGAAAGAAGCUGCAGGAUGUGCACAACUUUGUUGCCCUCGGAGCUUCUAUAGUUCACAGAGAUGGUGGUUCCCAGAGACCCCGAAAAAAGGAAGACAAUGUCCUGGUUGAGAGCCAUCAAAAAAGUCUCGGAGAAGCAGAUAAAGCUGCUGUGGAUGUAUUAAUUAAAGCUAAACCCCAGUGAAAACACAUAUGAUCAGAGAGCACUGCUCUAGACAGCAUAAGGCAAACAAUAUUUCAUGCUGCUAAUGUUUUCAAUCUCUAUUAAGAUUAAGUGCCAAUAUUUCUAAUAUUACCAAACUUGAUGGGUAAUCAUUGCUAGCCAUGAUUGCUGCAAUUUUAAUUGAUCAUUUUGAUUCUACUUUUACUCAUUUAAGUGUUCCUUUAACAAUUCUAUUUCUAUUGAUUCUAAAUAAAUGAAGUAUUUCUUCCUUGUU